GGAUAAUAUUUUGAAUUCACGCACGAAUUCUUGAUUGAAUUCCAGGUUGGUGGCAAAGGAUUGCCGAGAACUAGAUAGGACGCCACAGCCGGAUUUUGGAAAGAUGGAUAGGAAUGAGUUGAAGGGUACCGAUGUUGGACUCAAAAAUGACGGGACGUAUAAGGCUACGAUUUUGCUUCUCGGUGGUACAGGAAAGGUCGCUCGACGAAUCGCUCCUCUCCUCUCGGCCGAUGGAUAUAAUGUUCUUUUAGCAUCUCGAUCCGGAUCAUCUCCAGCAUCACUUCCAAAUACUAAAGGAGUUGAAUUCGAUUGGUUGGAUACGAAUAGUUAUGAUAAUCCUUUUAUCACAUCCAAGGGGGACGACGACGCAAAAGAAAAUUUAGUCGAUGCGGUUUUUAUGAUCGCUCCUCCUGUUCUCGAUGCACUUCCUUUGGCCAAAAAGUUUAUCGAUGGGGUAAUCAAGAGAGGAGUAAGAAGAAUUGUUUUUCUGAGUGGGAGUAUACAACAUUGUGGGGAUGGACCAAUUUUAUCUCAGAUAUCUGAGUACAUAAAAGGAAAAGGGAGGAAAUAUCGAGAUGAUGGUCAGAUACCGAAUAAUCCCGAUCCGAAUGCUGUGGAAUGGACGAUAUUGAGACCGAGUUGGUUCAUGGAGAAUUUCUCGGAAAUGCACCAUCGAUACACUAUCCGCGAUGAAAAUCGAUUGGUUUCAGCGACGGGCCGUGGGAAGAUCCCGUUUGUGAGUGCAGAGGAUAUCGCAAAUGUGGCGUAUAAGGCUUUGAUUGGGUGGAGAAGUAAUACUUUUGAGAAGGGAUUGGUGGAUAUGGAAUUGGUUUUGAAGGGAGCGGAAUUAUGGGCUUAUGAUGAUGUGGCUUUGCUCUUGACGGAAUUGUUGGGGAGGAAAAUUAGUCAUGUGCAUGUGCGGGAAGAGGAGAUUGUGAAGGGGAUGGUGGAGGGAGGGGUUGAGGAUGGGUUGGCGAGGGUUUUGGGGGAACUUGAUGGGGCGGUCAGGAGGGGUGAGGAGGCGUGGUUGGGUGGGGAUUUAGAGGCGGUUAUUGGAGGGAGGGGGAGGGGAGUGAGGGGGUUUGUGGAGGAGUGUGUGAGGGGUGGGGUGUGGGAUUUAUAGAGGAGGGGAUUGGGAGAGUGGGGAGGGGAAGUUGGGAAAGGGGCGGAGAGCGGAGAGGAAUGAGGAAUGAUUGAUUUGAUGAACUAGAAGCUAAGUUGCAUAUCGAGAUUUGUAUUAAAGUCUUGAAAAGAAGAAAGUAGCUGGAAAAAUGAGAUAUUAUUUAACAUAUGAAUAAAUAAAUAAUCAUAACCCUUUAUUUCA